AUGUCCACUUCUGUUCCUGUCGACGACAUGGACGACAUCUACGGCACGCCCUCUGCCAACAACACCCCGGCCCUCCACACUGCAAAUGCGCCUAGCUACGUUGAUGCGAAGCAGCUCCCCUCCACUCAGUCACAAGUCGCUGGCAUUCCCGGCUUGGGAUCUUUCCCCCCUACUGCCUCGGCAACUCCUAAUCAAUCUCUCCCCGAUCGAGUUCAGAACUCAGCGCAGUCAAUGACCACCAAAGUGGAAGAAUUCACCGCACUCCCCGAACAACAAACCGCCGAGACUCCGGUCGAAACAUCCACAGUUACCGCCGAAGUCGUCGCUACAAUUGUUCCCGAAGUCAGCUCCGAUGCUGCGCAAAACGUCCGUCCCGAUGCUACUUCCGCCCUUUUCGACGCUCUCGGCAACAACGACGAGCUAAACAAGAACCUACCUGCAUCCGCCGCAAACGAGCCUGAGCCUACUUCGUCAUCUACACUUGCUGCUACCGAAGUUAUCACUGCUUCGUCCUCCAUCAAGCCGCCUGCCGAUCCUGAAUUCCUCGAGGCCGCCGCCGCGCAAAAAGGUGCCGAAGGCGCUGAAUGGCAGUACGACUCUUCAGACGCCGAGUCCUCGGACGAAUCAUCCAGCAGUGAUGACUCCUCAAGCGAUGAAGACAGUGAUGAAGAGGGCUACGAACUACUGGAUCCUGCCACUGCGGCACGUAUGCUCAUGGAAGAAGGUGGCAUGGACGAUGAGGAUGGCGGCAACAAGGCUGCCAGCGCAAGCCAGCUUCGCACAAAGAACGAGAAGCCAGAGGAAGUUGUCCCUAAGCCCGACGUCACUGUCACCCCUGAGAUGAAGAUCACUCCUCUGGGUGCAGUCCAGCACGUCGUCGAUACCCUCAUCCUCAUCAAGGCCUUCACCUCGGGAGAAUACCAGGUUCUCGAGUCCAACUCUGUCUUGUGCUUGGAGAACCGCGAAGUCAUCGGUGUCGUGCAGGACACCAUCGGCAAAGUCGAAGAGCCCUUGUACUCGGUUGCCUUUACCAGACCGUCAGACAUUACCGAUCUGAACAUCUCCGCCGGCACAAAGAUCUUCUACGUUGAUCAACACUCCACAUAUGUUUUCACCCAACCCCUGAAGAAUCUCAAGGGUACCGACGCCUCCAACUUGCACGAUGAGGAGGUUGCAGAUGAAGAGAUGGAGUUCUCCGAUGACGAAGCCGAGGCUGCCUACAAGCGAGCUAAGAAGGAAGCAAAGAAGGGUGCAAGAGCUGCUCGCGACCAGCCCAACCAGGCCCCUACAGCUCAGCCUUACACUGGCGGAGCCAUGAACUACGACGACGAGCCCGAGGCAGAGGACAUGUACACACCUCUCGCUCGUCCUGACAACCUGCAAGCCAUGAUGGUGAACGGUGCACCCCCUGCUCGUCGCCAGUUUGCCGACCGUGGUGGCAGAGGUCGUGGUAGAGGCCGCGGAGGUGACAGAGGCCGUGGUGACCGUGGCAGAGGUGGUCGUGGUGGUCGUGGUGGAGCUGACGGCGCAAACCAGCGCAAGGGUCCCUCCAACUCUUAUCCCGACAACCACAAUGAUGGCGCACCAGCUCACGCCCAGCAAUCUCUUCCACAAAAGCCUGCAGUACCCCAACAGGUGCAGCAAAUGCAGCAGAUGCCGCAGAUGCAACAUAUGUGGAACCAAGCCCAGCCCCAGAUGAACGCACCAUUUGGUUUCCCUCAAUUCAAUCAGCAGCAGUUCCCUCCUCCACCACCUCCACCUCAGGCCCAGUCGCCUUUCCCCAACAUGCAAUUUGCAUGGCCACCCAACCCGCAGUUCUUCAAUCAGGGUCAGCAGCAGCAGCCCCAGCAAUCUUACAACCAGGGUCAACAGCAGCAGCCUUACCAGUUCCCCGGGGCACCUGCAGGCGCAUUCGUCAACCCUGCUUUCUUCCAACAGCAACAACAGAUGCAACAGCCUCAGCAGCAACAACAACAACAACAACUACAGCAGCAGCAGGCUCCAGCUGCCAACAACAUCUCUCCUGAGGUGAGACAAGCAGCUGCCGACCUUUGGGCUAGACUCCAGCAACAGCAACAGCAACAGCAACAGUAG